AAUGGUUCUACAUAAGGAUGAUUCCGGUGACCGAUCAGUUAAAGGAGAUUCGGAGAAAGAGGCAAAAGACAAUGAUCCUUCAAAGUCACCGCAGUACAAUUGCGAUUUGUGUAAAACACAGUACAAAAGUUGUUCAGAAUAUGACAAUCACGUAAAGUCAGCAGAUCAUGUUCACAAGAAAAAAAAUGAAGAUGCUAGAACUCGCUCGCUCGCUCAAAUAGUUAAAGCAAAAGACGAAAAGAAAAGCGAAAAAGAACUCCAACGAUUGUUGAAAUACGCCGACGAUAAGCAGAGACAAGCCCAAGAGAGAAUACCCUAUUAUGAAACGGCCUCGAAAGGCCAACUGACUCAAACCUCGGGAAAACUAUCUUUCAAUUUACAAAAGAAAUCUACUACGUUAUCAACCAUUUCUUCAAUUGUUUUCUCAACAAAAACACCACGAAUUGAUAAACUAGAUAAUAAUAAAGACAGUUCGCUCAAGAAAACCGAUGAUUCAGAGUCUAGCUCAACGGAGAUGGAUAAAAAGCCUAAAAAAGAGGAGGUAUUUAUUUAUGCUCCAGAUGAUCAAACAUACUUGAUGGUUGAGCUGUUAGAUCAUAAAAAUAAAUUUAUUAAGUGGCCUAAAGAUAUGUGUAAGAGUACGGAAUCUGAGCCGAAAUUAAUAUAUAGUGAAUAUAGUGAAUUUGAUGGCUGCAAAGAUGUUUAUAUGUGUGCAGAAGAUAUGUCAUCUACAGAAAAAGUUAGAACUGACUCUGAUAAAAGCUGUAAUUUAUACGAAGAAGACGAUUUAGAUUUCGAACCCGACUCUGAUAGAGAUGAAAGUGAUGGAAAACUUAUUGGAGAAGACAAGCAACCAAACCUUACACCUCUUCCCAAUAUUCCUCAGAAUAAACUACCCGAAGAUUUAGAUGAAGAUGACGCGGAUCAUCCUAACUUCUUACAGUUUCAACCAAGACCUGUGAAACUAGGAAAGAAAGAAAAGGAAAAGGAUAAGAAAUUGAGGAGAGAUAAUGCAAAGAAGAAAAAGAGGAAGAGGGAUAAAAGCUCCGAUAGCGAAAAUUCAGAAGAUAAGAAGAAAAAGAAGAAAAAGAAACAUAAACGUGAAAAAGACCAUAACGAUAAGAAAGAAAAAAUAAAGAAAGAUAAAGAGAAAGACAAAGAUAAAACUAAAGACAAGAUUUCUGAAGAGAAAGAGAACGAAGAAGAGAUAAAAGAUAAUUCUGAAGCUGAAGUGUCUAAAAUUGAAAAAGAUACAUCAAAUUCUGAAGGAAAGAAGACACCUGAAACAAAAAUCUUCAAGUUAGUUGAAACUAUAACUACAAGACGGAGUUGCGAUGAUGAGAAUCUUGAAAAUAUUGAUCAAGAGACGAAAACGAGUGACAAGCUGGAAGGUGUUUUAGAUGAAGAGGUCAAAGAAAGUCCUAUCAAAGUGGAAUUAGGAUCUGAUGUUGAUGAAAAAGACGGCGAAGAAAAUUUAAACCCCUUGGAAACAAAUAAGAUAGAAGUAGAUCUCGAGACCGAUAAAUUAGAUUCUGGUAGGAAAAGGCAAUUAUCUCCUGGAAUAUCAAACAACAGUAAACGUUCAAAAGUAGAGACGAAAAAGCUUGAAGGAGUUGUAAAAGAAACUGUUGCCAGCACAUGCAAAUCGAAAUGGGAUACGUCCAGCUCAGAAAGUGAAAACGAACACAUUGAAAAAAAGAAAGAACUAAUCAAUAAUCGCUUGGAGACAAUUGCCAAGACCAGCUAUUCAAAGAGUGGUCUAGAUCUAGCUCAAGAUCUAGAUCCAGGUAUAGAUCAAAAUCGAGAUAUGCAAGUAGAUCCCGAUCUAAGUCCAGAUAUGGGGGAUAUAAACCAAGAAGGUCUCGCAGGAGCUAUUCGAGAAGCCCAUCCAACAAAAAGAAGUCCAGUCGAUACCGCAGAAGUAGAAGAUAUUCUAGAAGUUACUCAGAAUCUAGGUCCAGAUCAAGAUCCAGGUCUUAUACAAGAUCUUCAAGUCGUAGUAGUCGAUCUUAUAGCUCUUACACUCCAUCCUCCUAUAGCAGGUCUUACUCAAGAUCGUACUCAAGAUCAUAUUCUAGAUCUAGGUCUCACUCAAGGGGAAGAGGGCGGAGGAGAAGACGCUCAUCAUCUUAUUACAGAUACAGCUCCAGCUCAAGAAGCUAUAGCUACUCCUCUGAUUUCUCUAGAAGUCGUUCAAGGUCUUACUCUUACUCUAGAUCGAGAUCGCAUAAAUGAGACUAAAAAGAGAAAAGAAAAAGCUGGUAAAAAGACACGCAUUGGAGUAAAUAAUACCAGCUCCAGUAAGCUGCCUUUUAUUGGAAAGAAGAAAGCUUUAAUAAAAUCAGAUGCACAGCGUAAUAGCCUUGAUUCUGACGAUGAAGAAAGCACGAAAUUUAGGAAAACAGUAUCACAAAAACUUUUUAAGCAUAUAGAAGAAAAGGAAGUCAAAGAAUUAAAUGAGGAAAAAUCUGAUAAAGACAUUGAUACGGACAGGGAAAAAAGGGUGGAAAAAGAUGAUAUUCCUCUUCCUGAGAUACCUCCCGAAGCAGGAAGUACAUUAACCGUUUCAAAUUCUAGGGAACCCGAUAAAGAGGAAUCCCACGGACAACAUCUUUUUGGUGCAUACACAAGUUAUGCCAAUCAGCAACAACAGCAACAGCAGGCGGCUUAUAUUCUUCCAUACAUGUAUGACAAUAAUGCCUAUCCCAUCACGUCUUCCGCAUGUUCAGCUCAACCGGAAGCAUCAACAGCUCAAGAAGCUGAAUUAACCAAUUUUAUUGGCCCCAAACUGCCUCUAAAUCAUCCUCUGGUUAAGAGUGGCCAAGUACCGCCUCCCCCUCCUCCGCCCGAAGAGGAAGUAGAGCCGAGAGGUAUGGAGAAUGUUAUACCACCAGAGAAAGCUGCCGAGUACGCUGCUCUGCAAGCUCAAGCUCAAAAGCAUGCCUUGAGGAAUAAUGGUCAACUGGUUGAGGAAGAGGAAGAACCGCCUAUGGAAGCUACGCCAUGUUCUACACAAAUGAUGGUACCUCAAGCUGCUGCUGCUGCUGCUGCUGCCGCUGCUGCUACACCAAUAUUAUUACAAGCACCCACCAAUAUGUCAUCUUCCAAUUCUCUUUAUUUACCCUUUCAGUCGAUACCUCAAGCUGGUACUCCUGUUGUUCUACCACCGAAUGUACAAUUUGCUUCAGGUCUGCAAGGUUUGCAAGGAGCAUACUCUGUUCAUCAUUCCCUCUUGCUUGCUAGGCAACAGCAAGCUUUUCUCCAACAGCAGGCCGUCCUUCAACAAGCUGCCGUUGCUCAACACCAUGCAGUGCAACAAGCUCAAGCAGCAGCAGCUGCUCAGAGUGCGGCCCUACAGCAUGGUACAGGAUUAAUAGCAACGCCCAGCGGACAUAUGUUUGUCUCGUUGCCACAAGGUGUUCAAAACGUUCCAACUACUCUCCCUCUAGUUGUAACGGGGGGACAUCAUCUUAUACCAAGUAGAUUCGCAAGACCGUUUAUGUGA